AGUCGAGUACGGGGGAGGGCGGGGGAGCGGGAGAGAGAGAGAGAGAGAGAGAGAGAGAGAUGGCGAGACCAGUGAAGGCGGGGUCGUCCACGGUGCCUGCGAAUCUGGCCAUCUUCGAGCAAGCCGUGCUGGGACUCUGCAAGCAACAUCCGGAUGGUGUACCAGAAAAGGUGUUGGAAGAAGAACUACCAGAUGUGUCUGUCUAUGACAGAGCCCAAGCAAUCAACUCGUUGCUUCAAAAGAAAGAGCUACAGAUUCUGAAGCAUGGAAACACUCUGGUGUACAAGGAGGUUGAUCAAGAAGAAGCGGUCAAGUUCAAAGGUUUGGGACAAGAUGACGUAUUGAUUUACCAAAUCAUUCAGCAAGCGGGAAACACGGGUGGGUAACCUGUUCUUUGCUUUUUUUAUUUUGCUAUUUUUCUUUUUUUUUCCCUCCAAACCUGCAAAUGAAUAAUGAGGGUUCUC